AUGGCCUUAAAGGUGGAAGCUAAAGGUGGAAAGGGAGGGAAUCAAUGGGAUGAUGGAUCCGAUUAUGAAGGUGUAACAAAGAUACAUGUGCGAGGUGGUCUUCAAGGCAUUCAGUUUGUCAAGUUUGAGUAUGUCAAGGCUGGAAAUACCAAUGUUGGACCCAUCCAUGGUGUAUAUGGUCGUGGUUUCACACAGACAUUUGAGAUUAACCAUCUCAACAACGAACAUCUGGUGUCUAUUAAGGGUUGUUAUGAUAACACAUCUGGUAUGAUUCAAGCACUUCAAUUCGAAACCAACCUGAGGAGUUCUGAAGUAAUGGGAUACGAUGAGAAUGGCACUAAGUUUACACUUGAAGCAGGCGGAAAUAAGAUCAUUGGAUUCCAUGGAUCUGCCGAGACAAACCUAACGUCCCUUGGAACUUAUUUCAUAACACUUCCUCCUAUUAAACUGGAACAGCAAGGUGGUCGUGGAGGCUACUCAUGGGACCAUGGUGUUUACACUGGCGUAAGAAAGGUGUAUGUUACAUAUAGUCCCACUGGGAUAUCGCAUAUCAUGGUCGACUACGACAAAGCCGGAAAAGUGGAAACGCGUGAAAACGGAGAUAGGCUUGGAGAAAAUAGAGUCCAAGGAGAACUAAAGGAGUUUGUACUAGACUAUCCAAAUGAAUAUAUUACAUCUGUUGAAGGGACUUGUGACCCAGGCGGCUCUGACUAUUCAAAUCGAAUUAGGUCAUUGAGUUUCAAGACAUCGAAAGGGAGAAUCUCUCCUAUAUAUGGGACAGCUGGUAAGCGCACUUUCGUGUUGGAGAGCAAAGGUAGGGCUCUUGUUGGAUUCCACGGACAGGGGGGUUAUGCUAUUGAUGGUAUCGGAGCAUAUUUUGGUUCGCACCUUGUUCCGCCUCCUCCUCCUCCCGCAGAGAAACUACAAGGUAUAGGUGGUGACGGAGGAGCUUCAUGGGACGAUGGUGUUUUCGAUGAUGUGAGGAAGAUAUAUGUGGGACAAGGUGAAAGUGGUAUUGCAUCCGUCAAGUUUGUGUAUGACAAGAACAACCAGGUGGUGUUAGGAGAAGAGCAUGGAAAGAUGACUUUGCUUGGAUACGAAGAGUUCGAGUUGGCAUAUCCGAGUGAAUACAUCACGGCAGUCGAGGGUUGUUAUGAUAAAAUAUUUGGAGGUGAAUCCUCAAUAAUAACAAUGCUCAAGUUCAAGACCAAUGUACGUAUCUCUCCGCCUUUUGGACUCGAAUCUACUUCAAAAUUCGUAAUCGAGAAGGCAGAUCACAAAAUCGUAGGAUUCCAUGGAAAAGCUAGCGACCAGCUCCAUCAGUUCGGAGUCAGUGUCGUACCCAUUACUAAGUGA